GUGGAGAGCCUUAUACUUAUAGGCAUGGGUGAGGGACCUAGAGGGAAUUAUAUUAGAGAUUCUAGAAGCACAUGUUGCCCUAAUUUUAACCUAGAGGGGCUACUCCCUUGGCUUGCUCUCCAAGGGCGUGACCUUUCUCAUCUAAAAGGUCAAUGGUUGACCCUCUCUUCCUUCAUGGGUUGUCCAUGCUUCAAGGGCUUGGGUCCAAAGCUCCUUUUCUCCAUAAAAGGUGGUGAACUUCAAAAGAGAGAGGUCCUUUAG